AUGUGUGAUUUUAUUAUGUGGGAGAGGGGGAGGAGGUUCUUGGAACCUCUGACCACUUGUAAUGGUAACAAAGUUAGAGACGUGACGUGUAUUCUAAUUACAGAGAGCGAUGCGGACGCCAUCUACCCAACACACAAGAUGCGAUUCCGCUUCAAUGUCUCCAACCUGCCCCUCGAGGAGAUCCUUCAGUCAGCUGAGCUUCGGUUGACUCACCUGCGGCACCCAGCGGUACCGGAGUCGCAGGAAACUCAACCGAUAGACUCCAAAUCAAAAUCUGGUCGUGUGAGACGCUGGGCAGCAUCCGAGGCACCAUAUUUAAAGCGCAUCAUGGUUUACGACGUGCUUCGUCGGGCCACUCGCAUCUCGGAACCUACUGUCCGACUGCUCGACACCAGUGUUGUGGAUGCACGUCAAGACGGGGUUGUGACUCUUGACGUAUCCGACGCUGUACGCCGAUGGACUACAGUGCCCAACAGCAAUCACGGAAUCCUUGUGGAGGUGAUUCCUAUUUCCAAACAAUCAUCACUAGACGUCUCCCACGUGCGGCUUCGGAGAUCCACAGACGAUGAUGCCUGGUUAAAGGAACAACCUCUUCUUGUUGUUCACGCCAACGACGGCAAGACAACAGAAAGAAGCAAGCGCUCCACCACAAAUAAGCAUAAAAAGGGGAAACCAGUCUGUAAGAGACACAGGCUGUACGUAGACUUCCGGAAGGUCGGGUGGGAUGACUGGAUCGUGGCCCCAGCAGGCUACGACGCCUAUUUCUGCAAGGGAGACUGUCCUUUCCCACUGCCCGACAAGUUAAACGCCACCAAUCACGCCGUGGUGCAGACGUUGGUCAACUCCCGCUAUCCUGACCGCGUCCCCAAGGCUUGCUGCGUGCCAACGGAACUCUCGCCGAUCUCAAUGUUAUACAUGGACGAUGACGAGAGAUUCGUGCUCAAGAACCACCAGGACAUGGUGGUGGAGGGGUGCGGGUGCCGGUGAGCACCGGCCAGCCGCUCCCCACGUAGCACUGAGGGUCCCGCCCCGCUAGUCCACCCGGUAAUGUGAUAUCAGUUAUUUAAAUUUUUAUAUGUACCGGAGUGGCCGAGAUGGAUGCUGGCAUCAAAGUCCCAAUAGCACCGUCAGGUCGUUUGGCAGUCAAGAUUGCCCCAGCGACAAAUAAGUCAUGUGAGUGUGUUCAGUGUAGGGAUUUGGGGGAGGGGAGGGGGGGGGGGAAGGGGGAUGACAGAGCUAGCGGUCACUGAGAAUUGCUUCGGCUGGUUGACAGUGAAACUAGUCUGUUACAGUGACUGCAGCAUCGACAUCUAAAAUAUAUGAUAGGGGAGACAUUAUUCUUGACAAACUGCAGGGUAAAGAGUGCCAUACUGUAGUGUAGUGGAGGGAGGCCGGUGCGGAGAGGCCUCACAAGACUUGCGGCUGGCGGACGCUGCCAGCAAGACCACGGACCAAAGAUAUGUGAGUGAUGGUUCCAGGGUACGGGGGCGCUAGGUCGAAAAAUCUGAAUACGGCAUGGAGAAGAGCCCGGGUGCUGAGUGCUGGGGUCAUGGAGGCUCCACUCACCAGGACGUGCUACAUGGUGACACUGAUGGGAGCUUAGUGUGGUAAUGAGAGCUCCCCAGUCCUUGGCAUGUGACCAAAGACGACCCAACAUUCACCCACAGUCUGCCUGGUGGCGGGCGCUCUAUCACCCGGCGUUCACUCCAUGGAAACAACGUUAGUGGCAGUGUAAAUAUUAUGGUACGGCGGGGGCCCCGGGAGGGGGAGAGAAGGGGCCCCUAGUACAGUGGUGUGAGGCCCCCAGGCGGGAAUAAGGGCCCCCCAAAGGCAGCAGAGUCGGGUCCACGUGCCCAUGUUCCUAACUCCACAUGUAUUUAUUCCUUGUAUUAUACUUUACCAACAACAAAUUUGUACAGAUUUAUAUAUAUUUAAAAUGUGAAUAUAGUAUGUAAGAUAUUUUGUACAUAAUUAAAAGACAGUAAAUGAAUAUUACUGAAAUAAAGCUAUAUAAAGAUAAA